UUCCAGGUAGUUGUGAAUCUAUCAUUAUAUUGGCAGUGGUGACAUAUGAAGUUUUGGACUUCUGAACACGUUUUCGACCAUCCUUGGGAUACUGUAGCACAUGCAGCAUGGCGCAAAUAUCCGAAUCCAAUGAAUUGCGCUGUUAUCGGGAUUGAUGUCCUUGAACAACAUCCGCUUGUUGAUGGUUCAUUACGAUCAGAACGUAUUAUCCAGAGCCAUUUUCCGAUACCUGCUUGGGUAACAAAGCUGACGGGUUUUUCUGGAACUCAAUAUUCUUACGAAAUGACAGAAAUUAAUCCAGCAAAAAAAGUAAUGACUUUAAUCACAAGAAAUAUGAAUGCGGGACGUUUUCUACGUGUUGAUGAACGAUUGUUAUAUAAACCAGAUCCUUACAAUAAAGACAGGACGAUAUUACAACAGGAAGCUGCUGUUAACGUUGAUUUACCAGCAUUCGCGGAUUACUGCGAAAAAAUGUUUCUGAAUAUAUAUGAAACGAACGCCGAAAAGGGUCGAAAAGGACUGGAAUGGGUAAUUGGUCAGUUCAACAGCUCAUCUAGGUCGAGUUCAAGUGCUGAAAAGUUGUCAUCACAAGGAUUCUCAGACCCAACGCUUGUUUUCAGUUCACUACAUCCCGCAGCGCAGCAACCAAGUUUUCUUUCCUAGCACAAAUUGAAUUAUUAUUGCAAGUAGUUUUUAGUAAUCUCAUAGAAUAAUGCUGUUUAAUGACAUAUGCAUCAUCUUUAAGUUUCUUGCAUCUUUUUUUGUGUGGUCCUUACAGUAAUAUUGACUGUUGAUUUGUUUUGUAUUUGAGAUUUUCGAAAAUAGUAUUCAGGUGAUAUUAAGUAGUAGCUGUUGGGUAACUAAAUGUUCUGUAGAAUUUGUUCGGGUCUAUAUUGUUUUAAGUCUUCCAGAUUGCCACUUCAGUUGGUGAGCGCUGCUCACAGUAUCUUAUUCAAGGGAAUCAUUCAUUUUUACAUAUUCUUUUGUUGCCUUGCUAUUUUGAAAAUACGGUUUAACUUAUCAUUGUUAGUUCUUGUAACAUUGUAUAAUACAGUUUAUCAUUUUGUGGUGACUGUUAAAAGAAUAUGUUAAUUUUGGGAAAUUGCUGAAGAAGAAGUAACUCUAAUCCAAUUGCAGUACUUAUUUGUUUGUUAGCUAUGCGUCCUGCAUGUUGUUGUAUCACCACGAUCGUAUGCAUUGUGCCGCACUAAUAUUUUUUAGUUAUAGUUUUUCAUGCCGCACUAAUAUUUUUUAGUUAUAGUUUUUCAUGCAACAAAUUAGCUGGAGUGGAGUAAACAAAAAGCUUAUGCGAA